CUCAACGGAAAAGUUCCAAGAAGCUGCAAGUUCUCUCAACUUGUUUCCGACAAACUUGUUCUUCCACCCGUCAUUCUUCAUCCUAAUUUGUAUCCCUCUCCCCUCCAUUGUAUAAUAACCACAGCAUCUAGGCGCUAUGGUUGCCUCUGCUGUUAGGAUGCGCACUCCCAGCGCUAUGUUUCUCUCAAAAGGCGUCUCCUCGUUGAGGCGACCGCAGGCCGCCUACCGCUUGACGGCCACAAUUCAACCUCAAUUGCCCGCGCUCUCUGCGCUCUCUCGCUACUAUGCUUCCAAGACUUUCCCUCCUCACACUAUCAUCAGUAUGCCCGCUUUGUCGCCAACUAUGUCUGCUGGAAACAUCGGAGCCUGGCAGAAGAAGGCCGGUGACGCUCUGCAACCUGGUGAUGUCCUGGUCGAAAUUGAAACCGAUAAGGCGCAAAUGGAUUUCGAAUUCCAGGACGAGGGUGUCCUGGCUAAGGUUCUGAAGGAGACUGGCGAAAAAGAUGUGUCUGUUGGCGCUCCUAUCGCUGUUUUGGUUGAAGAAGGUACUGAUGUUUCCGCAUUCGAAUCGUUCAGCCUGGCGGAUGCUGGCGAGGAAGCCGCUGCUGCUGCCGCACAGGAAAGCAAGGAGGCUCCUAAGGAAACUCCUGCUGCGCCUUCAACACCUGCUUCCGAGCUUGCGGCUUACGAGCCCGACACUUCUGGCGAGAAGCUCCAGCCUAGUCUUGACCGCGAGCCGUCUGUCAGCCCUGCCGCUAAGGCUUUGGCUCUCGAGAAGGGUGUGCCAAUCAAGGCUAUUAAGGGUACUGGACGGGGUGGCCAGAUCACCAAGGAGGAUGUUGAAAAGUACAAGCCUAGCACGUCUGCCGCCGCCGAACCCGCUUUCGAAGACAUUCCUCUCACAUCGAUGCGCAAGACCAUUGCCAGCCGCCUUCAACAGUCCAUGAGGGAAAACCCUCAUUUCUUCGUCUCCACCACUCUAUCUGUCACCAAGCUCCUGAAACUCCGCCAGGCCCUCAACGCCUCCUCUGACGGCCAGUACAAGCUUUCCGUUAAUGACUUCCUUGUCAAGGCAUGUGCUGCGGCCCUCAUGAAGGUUCCUGCGGUCAACUCUAGCUGGCGCGAGGAGGGUGGCCAGGUUGUUAUCCGUCAGCAUAAGGCUGUUGAUAUCAGUGUUGCUGUCGCUACUCCUUCCGGGCUCAUUACCCCUGUUGUGAAGAAUGUUCAGGGUCUUGGUCUGUCUAGCAUCUCUAACCAGAUCAAGGAUCUCGGCAAGCGUGCUCGCGACAACAAGCUCAAGCCUGAGGAGUACCAGGGUGGUACCUUCACUAUCAGCAACAUGGGCAUGAACCCUGCUGUUGAGCGAUUCACUGCUGUUAUCAACCCCCCUCAAGCUGGUAUUCUGGCUGUUGGUACUACCCGCAAGGUUGCUGUUCCUGUCGAGACUGAAGAAGGCACUUCUGUGGAGUGGGAUGACCAGAUUGUUGUGACUGGUAGCUUCGAUCACAAGGUUGUUGAUGGUGCUGUUGGUGCUGAGUGGAUUAAGGAGCUCAAGAAGGUUAUUGAGAACCCUCUGGAACUCCUUCUCUAAAUGUGCAAUUCCUGAUUUGAAUCCCGAAUAAAUGGGUGCGCCAGCGUACCGACACGGAUAUCCAAACUGGCUUUGUCUUAUUAUGUAUUAAAAACCCCCCGAAUCAUUAUUUGGCCAAUCCGGCCCUUAAGUACAGCUUUAUAAAUUCCAGCCCUUUCUUGUGUUUUAGAAAUGCGAUAAUCCUUGUUCAUGCGUAGAGAGUGAGC